AUGAAGGUCUUUUCCUCAACUUGCACUUUUGACUACUCAUGGGAUGAGGUUUCUACGGCCAACUGGCGCAAGUAUUGUCCGUGGAAUGACAAGGUGACCCAUGUCGUGGGUGUAGACACCCUUUCCCGGACAGUAGACCCGAAGACUGGCAUCUUACGAACGGAGCGUCUUAUUACCUCUAACCAGUCCGUACCUCAAUGGGUCUCUUCGCUCUUUGGUGGAAGCGCCACCUCGCACGUCUAUGAAGUUUCCUACGUCGACCCGGCCUCCAAGAAAGUCACCAUGUGUUCCACCAACUUGACUUGGUCCAAUGUCCUGAGCGUUCGAGAGACUGUGGUGUAUAGGCCGUCAUCGAUCUUCCCCACCACAAAUACUGAGUUCACCCAAGAGGCACAAAUCACUGCCCUGUGUGGUGGCUGGCAGAAGUUCAAGAAUAAGGUGGAGGAGGCCAGUGUGGAGCGAUUCCGUGAAAACGCCAAGCAUGGUCGAGAAGGCUUCGAGACCGUUCUGGAGAUGAGCCGUCGCGUAUUCGGUGAACAACGCGACCUCGAGAAACAUCUGCAGUGA